AUGACACACACUAUCGCAUAUGAAGGCAUAGGUGAAUUGCCCCACCCUCGCCUUCACUACGGAGGGGGUGGUGGGGCGACCACAUCCCCUUCUUUGUUGGUUGGUGGGAGACUCAACCUCUCGAGUGAAGGUGGACUGGGGUGCAGCUCCUCUACACGAAUCAAGGCUACCGUCGAUGACGCUUACCGCCCAGCCCCCGCGAGCUUCGCGGUCUUCAACAUCAACGCCAUCGAGGAGCCGUGGAUGCUGGUGGACCAUGCGCCGCAGGAGCACCAGGAGAAGCCCUCGCACGUGCCGACCCCGAUCCUCGAGAAGCUCAGUACGUUCGAGGCCGACGCCCCCCAUACAUGGGACGAAGUCAGCAAAGCCCUCCAGUUAGACGACCUCAAGAAGCCCCAGCCCCUCGUCGCGUCAGCUAAACCCGAAACUGAACCGCUGCGCACCCCAGCGCACGAUAGCACACCCCCCACCAAAAACACGCCACGUAAGAGCCGCUCCUUCCACACCGUCGACGAGCUCGACGCCAAGGUUUCCUCCAAGAAGCCCACGGCUAUCGCCACGCCGGCAAAAUCCGAGACGAAACCACUUAGCUCGAAUCCGGAGAACAACGCGCCGCGUAAGAGCCUCUCGUUCCACGCGCCCGAGUUGAAUCGGACCGAGUCGAAUCGGGCCGUAUCGGAGGAUUUUAAGCCGACGCCUCUGAGAGAGAACAUAUUUAUCGUGAAGGACAGGUUGGAGAGGCAAAAGGGAGAGCCAAAGAAGGACCCGCUGAGCGAGUUUCCGGCGAGGUGUCCGCCGGACGGUGGCGCCGACAAGGUGGUUCUCUACACGACGUCGUUGAGGGGGGUGCGGCGCACGUACGAGGACUGCUCGCGCGCGCGGGCAGUGAUGGAGGGGCACGGCGUGGUUUACGAGGAGCGCGACGUGUCGUUGCACGGCGAGUAUCUAAACGAGCUGAGAGAGUUGCUAAACGACGAGUCGUUGACCCUGCCGAGGGUGUUCGUGAAGGGGAGGUACAUAGGGGGAGUGGAGCAGUUAGUGGAGCUGAACGAGUUGGGCCGGCUGGGUCGGAUCCUGGGCCUCGCACGUGUGGAGAGAGGGGUCGUGAGGCAAGCGUGCGAGGGGUGUGGGGGAAAGAGGUUUGUGCCGUGUUUGGAGUGUGGUGGGAGUUGUAAGCUCGUGAAGAGUGGGUUGGAAAAGGAAAGGUGUGGGCAGUGCAAUGAGAAUGGGUUGGUGUACUGCCCGGCUUGUAAAUAGACAAACAAAGGAUUGAAGCUCGGGUUUUAAUUCAGUUUAUUAAAUUGAUAUCGAACGUUAAAAUAUAUGAUUUUUAUAUGCAUUUUUAGGAAUGCAUAUGCAAAUCGUAUGUUCUAAUAACAUAUCUGAAACUUAAUUGUGGAUAUAGUUUUGGUUAAUGGAAAAUAUCAAAAUUAGUUUUUCUCUUUAUCAAA